AUGGCUCGCUUCGCCAUCGUCGCCGCCAUCGUCGCGCUCCUCGCCGUCACCGUGGCCGCGCAGGCCCCGGCCGCGACGCCCACCCCGGCGCCCAGGAUGGCCCCGCUGCCGCCUCCUCCGGCGCGGUACCCGGCCACCGCCCCGGCCCCGGCCCCGGCCGCGAAGCCGCCCACCGCCUCGGCGCCGUCCCCGCUGUCCUCUCCCCCGGCCCCGCCCGCCGAGGGCCCCUCCGCGAUGACCCCGACCACCUCCGUCUCCGCCGCCCCCGCCGGCGCCCCCACCGCCACGCCCACCGGGAACGAUACUGAUGAUGAGAGAGCAGAGGAGAGGACAUUUGAGGGGGAUUCACCCAGUGCUGCUAGUUACACAUCAUGCAUGAUUCAUGAUGAUAUGAUUAUUAAUGGAAUUCUUUCAUUUGUUACAUCAUACAUCCCGUUGUCAUGA